AUGGCCAGUGUGCUGUCACAACUACGAAUUCUACGACUUUUACGACUACGAGUCGUUUUCAACGGCGAAGACGACAUGUACCACAUUGGUCCUCAUGGCUGUGGAGGUCCACAUGGUGGUGGUGGUCCGCAUGGUGGUGGCGGUCCGCAUGGUGGUCCCCAUGGUGGUUUUGGUCCACAUGUUGGUGGCGGUCCACAUGUUGGUGGUGGUCCCCAUGGUGGUGGUGGUCCGCAUGGUGGUGGUCCGCAUGAUGUUGGUGGCUGUCCACAUGGUGGUGAAGGUGCGCAUGUUGGCGGUGGUCCUCAUGGCGGUGGAGGUCCACAUGGUGGUGGUGGUCCACAUGGUGGUGGCCGUCCACAUGGUGGUGGUGGCCCACAAGGUGGUGGUGGUCCACAUCAUGGUGGUCCACAUGUUUGUGGUGGUCCGCAUGUUGGCGGUGGUCCGCAUGGCAGUGGUGAUCCACAUGGUGGUGGUGGUCUGCAUGGUGGUUGUGGUCGGCAUGGUGGUGGUCAGCAUGAAGGUGGUGGUCCGCAUGUUGGUGGUGAUCCGCAUGGUGGUGGUGGACAACAUGUUAGUGGUCUGCAUUGUGGUAGUGGUCAGCAUGGUUGUAGUGGUCAGCAUGGUGGCUGCAGAAGCAGAUGUCUAAAGAAUAUGUUAUAUCCGCCAUGGUAA